CCCAUCCUCUUUCCCCACCAACUCCUCGUUCUUCCCAAAACCAUAAAACCAUAGUUCAUAGCCAGCCCGGCACAAAGUACACAACACACCAGACUUCUCUCUCUUUAUCUCUCUCUCAUUUUCUGGUCCACACAAUACCGUAAUCUCUCUCUAUAUAACUGUAUCUAUUGGUUACCUCUUUUCUCGACUGUGAAACAUUGGCUUCUGUUUGCUCUUUUUCUUGAUUCCUUUAUCUAAUCCCCUUUUUCACUGUUCAUCAUUCCCUUGUUCCAACAUUUUUCUUGAAUUCUCGGAUUUUUGGCAUCUGAUUCUGCGGGAAAAGGGGACAGACACAAAAGGGGAACUCUCUAUCCGAUCCUCAUCGCUAAUAAAUCCAUUGUUUCUCCCCCCCGUUUGGGAAUAUAUUAUGCGCUUGCGAUUUUUCUUGUUUCCCCCUGGAGAUUUCGCGUCCUCGGAAAAUGCUUGAUUACGUUAAUGGUGGUUCCGACGAGGUUAAUCUUUCGGAGGGCGUGAAUUCCAGUAAAAGUUCGAUGAGUAGUAGCGAUCACAGUCACUGCACUAGCUUUAGCCGCCUGUCUUUUGAUCUCCCCACGAGCUCGCCGGAGCAGAACGCGGCGGCGCUUAAGCCCCACCGCUCGUCGGAUUCUUCGUUUCACGCGCUUCGCAACGAGCGUGGGCUGAGCUUCCGGGAUUUCAGCUUGGUCCGCCAGAUCGGCAGCGGCGACAUUGGGAGGGUCUACCUCUGCCGCCUCCGCGGCGGCGGCGGCGGCGAGGGGCAAGUUUACGCCAUGAAAGUGGUGGACGGCGAGGUUUUGGCGCUGAAGAAGAAAGUUCAGAGGGCGGAGACUGAGAGGAAAAUCAUGAGAAUGUUAGACCACCCGUUUUUGCCGACUCUCUACGCGGAAUUCCAAGCCGCGCAGUUCUCGUGUGUCGUGAUGGAGUAUUGCUCCGGCGGUGAUUUGCAUUCUCUCCGACACAAACAGCCCAAUAAACGAUUUUCUCUCACCUCUGCUAGGUUUUAUGCAGCUGAGGUUUUGGUCGCUCUAGAAUACCUUCACAUGUUGGGGAUAAUAUACAGAGAUUUAAAGCCGGAAAAUGUGUUGGUUAGAUCAGACGGUCACAUUAUGCUGACGGACUUUGAUUUAUCUCUUUGCUCCGAUGCAAUGGCGGCCGUUGAAUCGCCGGACUUUUCCGUUGACCCGCCGCCGGCUUCGCCGACGUCAGCUCGUGUACCCACUCCGUUUUCUUGCAUUUCCGGCAGGCUGUUCCGGUCGAAGAAGAUUCAGACGCUCUCCAACAGCCGGUUGUUCGUGGCGGAGCCGGUGACGGCCCGGUCAUGCUCGUUCGUCGGGACCCACGAGUACGUGGCGCCGGAGGUGGCCUCCGGGAAGCCCCACGGGAAUGCCGUCGAUUGGUGGGCGUUCGGGGUGUUCAUCUACGAGAUGAUGUACGGGCGAACCCCUUUUGCGGGUGCAUCCAAUGAGGAUACGCUGCGGAGCAUAGUGAAGAAGCCCUUGGCUUUCCCCAACGAAACCCCGGCGAGCGUGAGUGAAGUUCACGCGCGGGAUCUGAUCUCCGCGUUGCUGAACAAGGACCCGACGAAGCGGCUCGGGUCGAAGCGCGGGGCGGCUGACGUGAAGACCCACCCGUUUUUCAAGGGCUUGAAUUUCGCGCUGAUAAGGUCGGUGGCGCCGCCGCCGUCGUCGAGGCCGGGAUUACGGAGACACAAGACAACGCCGCCACUUCGCGGCGGCGACAGGCAUCAUGUGCAGCCGUUUGAUUUCUUCUGAAGACGUGGCAAAAUGUACUUUUGUUAGGAUAACGGAUUACUUCCACGUGGCAUAUCCUCCCGCCAGAUUUUGCUGUGACAUAGGAAAGAUAGCGUAACAGUGUUACUAUAUGCUUAGAGAAAUUAUUAUUAUUAAAAAAGCAAAAAAAAACAGAGAAUGUGUAAAUACAAGUGAAAUGAAUCCGGCAGUAUACUAGGUUUCAUUUCAACGUUGUUGACUUGUUGGCAAUGCAUUUGGACAUCUUUGCAAUCCCUGCAUACAUUACACGGCGUUUGCAUAGUUGGAAAUUCAAAGAGAAGUACAAUUAUAAAA